GGAGAAGGGAUCAGAGAGAUUUAAAUCCUUUGAAACUUCGAAUUUAUAUAUAAACUGUAUAGUAUCAAUCUGAUCGAUAUUCAAAAAUAUAAAUAGCAGAGUAAAACCGGCAAAUAUCAAACCGGUGAUAUACGGCGGAGAUGGAGAUACUCGCGGCGGAGGACAUCGACAUCGGGAAAGAUUUGAUCCCGCCACUCUCUCCUCUCGCUUCCUCUCUCUACGACUCCUUCCUCUACUCUCACUGCUCUUCCUGUUUCUCUCUUCUCCCCCAAUCUCCGCCGCACCCUCACUACUGCUCCGCCGCCUGCUCCCUCACCGAUUCUCCCCUCGAUUUCCCACAAUUCCCGCAGGAGAUAUCCCCAAUUCUCCCCUCCGAUAUCCGUACAGCUCUCCGUCUUCUCAAUUCCACCGUCGUCGUCACUUCCUCGUCGCCGCACCGUCUUAAUGGCCUUCUCACGAAUCACCACCGUCUCAUGUCUGAUCCUUCCCUCUCCGUCGCUAUCCAGAACGCCGCCAGUUUCAUAGCCACCGUUCUGAGGUCUAACCGGGAAAACACAGAGCUGGAACUGGAAGAAGCAGCCAUAUGCUCUGUGCUAACAAACGCCGUUGAGGUGCAAGAUAGCACAGGGNAGNCUCUUGGAAUCGCUCUUUAUGAUUCAAGAUUCUCUUGGAUUAACCAUAGCUGCUCUCCAAACUCUUGCUACCGUUUCGUCAACACCAUAACGACGUCGUAUCAGGAUGAUCUUGCCUUUGCUAAAACCAUUCCUCACAUCAUCACCAACACAGAAACAUCGUCCAACUUAGAAUCCAAGGCUUUUUGCUCCUUGCAAGAACAAGGGAGAACAGUGGGGUAUGGACCAAAGGUGAUUGUUAGAAGUAUUAAGAGGAUCAAGAGUGGUGAAGAGAUCACUGUAUCGUAUAUGGACCUUCUUCAACCCACGGGAUUGAGGCAGUCAGAUUUGUGGUCGAAAUAUCGGUUUAUGUGUAACUGUGGACGAUGUGUGGCAUCACCUCCGGCUUAUGUGGACUCUGUUUUAGAGGGGGUACUUGCGUUGGAGCCUGAAAAAACAACUGUUGGUCACUUUCAUGGAACCACAAACACAGAUGAAGCAGCGGGAAAGAUGUCUGAUCAUAUCCAAGGAGCCAUAGAUGAUUUUCUAUCAGACAACAUAAAUCGUAAAACAUGUUGUGAAAAUAUUGAAAGUGUGCUGCAUCACGGCAUCCAAAUCAGAGCAGAUUCAUCGCAGCCUCAUCAUCUGUGGUUACAUCCGUGUCACCACGUUGCUUUGAAUGCUUACAUUACUCUGGCUACUGCCUACAAAAUCCGUUCCAUUGAUUCUGAAACUGACAUGGGCAAGGCUUUUGACAUGAGCAGGAUAAGUGCAGCCUACUCUUUCUUCCUUGCUUGUGCUUCUCACCAUCUCUUUUCGGCAGAACCUUCUUUUGUUAUAUCUGCCACAAGUUUCUGGAAAAAUGCUGGAGAAUCCUUGUUAGAUCUGGCCUUGAAGUUCUCUGUGGAAUCAUCUGUAGAAACUACAUACAAAUGCACCAAAUGUCUUAUGCUUGAAACCCCAAAUUCACACAGAGACAUCAGAGAAAAGUCUAGGCAGAUUCUGAGUUGUGUCACAGACAUCUCACAAGUCGUGUGGAGUUUCCUCACUCGCGGUUGCCCUUACCUGAAAAAGUUUAGGAGUCCACUUGAUAUCAGCUUUGCAACGACCAAUUAUGAGAGAGAAGAAUCGAAUGAGGAUCAAAUGGUAAACGUUAUCUUACUCUCUUUUCACUGUUUACUAUACGCAGACCUUCUGACUGAUUUAUGUUACGGUCAGAAGUCACAGUGGGUGUCUCGAUGCCUAGUGUGACAUGCCGUUUGCUUGAGUUGAGAUAUUGGUAUUUAAAUUUAUGUUAUCUGUUAGUUUGAUCCAAGGAAAUAUGUACUCACAGCAAAACUGGCCGUAUACAUGAAUGCCAAAAUCAUUUUUUUCUC